AUUUAAAUUUCCUAUUAAAUUUGGCACGGUGGUCAUCGCGUGGUAUCUAUAAUUUAACGAUGAGUGAAGUGAAAAAGAAUUCCAAUCUCUAUAUAGAGGCAGCGAGUGUUCUACAUGAAAUCUACGACAAAAAAGGAUCGAUCAAAACCAGCGUGUAUCGAUCUUCAUUCCAGGACAAACAGAUGUUGACGGCCUUAGUUAGCCAGACCCUUAGAUACGCUAAAGUUCUGGAGACGGUCACCAAGCGAACCAAACUUCUGGAGACAAACCCCCUACUAUGGAAUGAUGAGAUGCUGGCCAGAGCGUUAUUGUAUGACUACAUGAUUGGGCCAGGGCUGUUUAAACCUGGGAGAUUAAAGGUUGUUGUACAGAAAAACAAGGAGUGUAUCACAUGUGAAUUUGACAGACUGCUGACAGCUUAUGGUGUUCAACACUACACAGAUCUACCCUGCUCUACAACAGAAGCUCUGCCACGGUACGUUAGAGUAAACCUGAUAAAAGCCUCUGUGCAGGAGACAAUAGAGUCCUUUGUUGAAGAGGGAUGGUUACUGGUUCCCACGCCAGCAGAUGUGGACAGCUUUAUAGAAACUUGCAAGAAUCUGGGAGAGUCUGAGUUUGUAAAGGACUUCCAUCUUCAUGAUCUGUUGGUGUUUCCUGCUUACACAGAUUUUCACAAUCACCAUCUUGUACAAAGCAGCAAGGUCAUUCUGCAGGACAAGGCCAGUUGUCUCCCUGCUCACAUCCUGUCACCACCAGAGGGAGCUGUAGUGGUGGACAGCUGUGCUGCCCCAGGCAACAAGACAAGCCAACUGGCCAGUUUGAUGGGAAACACCGGAACGAUCUAUGCCUUUGAUCACAAAGAAGAAAGGAUUGCAAUAUUUCAGGAGCGUAUGGAGGCAGCAGGAGUGACCUGCAAGGUUGCGCGGUGUAUGGACUUUCUCAGAGUGAAGACGGACAGCCAGACGUAUAAGGAUGUACAGUAUGUUGUGGUGGACCCUUCAUGUAGUGGAUCAGGAAUCGUUAAUAGAUUGGACAAGUUGACUAAUGAUGACUCUUCUACAUCCAAGCACCGCCUCGAACAGCUGCACAAACUCCAGGCUCAGAUACUAAGACAUGCCUUUUCAUUCCCAAAUGUGCAGAAGAUUGUAUACUCCACUUGUUCAGUUCAUGAGGAGGAGAAUGAACAAGUCUGUGAGGAAAUCUAUAACAGAUUCAAAGAAAGAUUUAAAAUUCGCAAGGUCAUGAAAGAUUGGCCUGAAAGAGGAAGGGACGGAUACCAUAAGAGUUAUCGUUAUAUCCGCGCAUACCCAGAGAAGACCCUGACCAAUGGAUUCUUUGUGGCUAGCUUUAAAAGACGUAAAAGUAAACAUGGGAAAAGUGAGGAAAAUGGAGUGGAAUGUGGAACGUCAAAAGAUGGAAUGAAAGAUGGACAAGAAAGUUAUAGUGACAAGGAAGAGGAUAGAGUGGAAAGAAAGAAAGAAAAACAAAUGAAAAGGUUAGGAAAGGACAGCAACACAAAGGAAGAAGGACAGGUAGAAGGGGAAAUAAAUGUGGGGGGAAAGGAAAGAGCAAAGAAAAGGAAAAAAGACCAGUUCAUGGAGGAGGAAGGAGAGAGUGAGACAGGUGUGAAAAUUAAAAGAAAAGAAACGGUUGGAUCAGAAGAGAACAGGUUUUACACACAGGUGGUCAAAAGUAACCAGACACCAAUUAGCAACUGUAAUUUAGACUGUGGAAAUAAUUCAAUAGAUGGAAAAAGCAGAAAGAAGCAUAAAAAGAAAAGACCUGGAAAGGCAGAAUAAAGUUGAAUAUGAUG